AUGCUGUCUUCGGCUCAAGUGCAUUUUGCUAGAGCGGAUCUCACGAGGCGCACAAGCUUCGAGUGUGAUCCGGCCUUGCAAAAUCUAUACGAGACUAGUCCGGUAACAUACAAUACAAAAGGUCAGUCCUCUACCAAUUAUUACUGUCCAUACAGGUCUGGUGGCGUUGACUACACCUUGUAUGACUUGUAUGCUGCAGGUGUACGUCUCAACAAUACGUUCGCUCUCUCUUUCCAAGUCCAGUGUCCAAAUGAUGCCCAUAUUUUGCUGCAAGAAUCUGCCAGUGAUUAUUACAAUAACGUGAUAGAGAUAGUGCUGGGAGGCUGGGCUAACACCAAAUCUGUAAUCAGAGACGAGCAGCAGGGCACACCAGUGGCAGAAUACUCCGAGAGCGGUAUUGUAUCCGGAACUGAAUACAGAUAUUUCUGGUUUAGCUGGGACAGUAACACAAUUGCUGUGGGUAAAGGGGACACACCGUACACUAAUGAAGUUAUGUCCUGGAAUGGCCUUGCACACGGUGUCUACUACAUCUCAAUAGGGAUUGGUUACGGCACGGACGGAUACUGGAAAUUCAUGAUAGUUGACGGAGGAUGGACAGACUGGAGUGCUUGGGGCACGUGCACAACCACGUGCGGUGGUGGAAGCACGACACGAUCACGUACAUGCACGAAUCCUCCUGCCAGUAAUGGUGGAACGCAGUGCACGGGUGACACUGAACAAACGAUGACGUGCAAUUCACAGAACUGUCCGAUUGACGGAAACUGGGGAGACUGGUCCCAGUGGAGUACUUGCUCGGCAACGUGCGGAAACCAGACUAUAUCGAGAACGAGGUCAUGUGACAAUCCUGCAGCGCAAUAUGGUGGUGCCGACUGUUCCGGUUCAGAUAUUGAAACCACGUCCUCUUGCGGAUUACCUGCAUGUCCAAUUGAUGGUGAAUGGGGUGCAUGGUCAUCGACGUCAUGUAGCUCAGCUUGCGGAUAUGGAACAUUGGUCAAAACGAGGUCAUGUGACUCCCCUGCGCCAUCAAACGGCGGAAAUGAUUGUAUCGGAAGUAGCAACGAAACAGAAGUCUGUAUCGCUCAGUAUUGCCAGUCUGUUGGGAAUGCAACAUAUGCAAAUCAAUGUGGAUCUGGUAUGUUUACAUGUUUCAAUGGAACGGUAACAUGUAUAGACGAAGUGUUCCAAUGUGACUGUGAAAAUGACUGUGAUGAUGGAAGUGACGAAGAUGUCACAUGGUCCGGAUGUGACGCUACCUUGGCAGCAAUGUGCUCGUCUGCAGAUAAGCCUUGGUGGAACCUGUUGGCAGUUCUGAUGACGACUUGUGUACCAUUGUUUUACGGCAUGAACAGUUUCUGAUAACGUAGAAAGAAAAAAAAACUGUUAAAAAAAUAUGUUCUUUAUGUUGAUACAAACACAAGUUGAAUACAUUAAUUAAUUUGACGUACAGCAAAACUACCCUUGAUAACCGAAAAAUAGUUGAAUCAGAUUGAUUAUAGCAAGAAAUGUUACCGUAACGUAAGUUACAUUACAUAUGAAUUAUUCUGGAGGAGUCAUCAGUGUGAGCAACCUACGCCAGUUAUGGACUAAAUAAGACGUAGUCUCUUCGUCGGCUAGACAAAUACAAAACAAUACAAAAUCAUUUGCAUAAUUCUAUAGACUGCCUUCGAGUCGGUGCAUAUAAUUAUGUAUAUGUAUAAAUAGAGAUCAAUAGCUACUUACAGGCAUAGGUAUUCGUAUAGCUAAUAUUUCCAGUUUUUUAUGUAUUCAGUAUUGUACGGUACUUUCAAGUUAGGUUACCAAAAGAUAUCACGAAAAAGAAAAAAAAACUGUAAAAGGAGGGGUGUUAAAACCACUCCAUGAUCACCAUGAAAGUAGACAAAUGAGUGUGAUAAGGUGGCCGGAUAAUAGCUGUGUAUACAAAGUCGGGCAUACAGGCAGGAAGAUCGUUCUUCAUAUAAAUGCCAUUCUGUGAGAACAUUUAUAAAAUACGGCAACAUUUUUUUUCGUUCUAAAGAUAUAAAUUUGUAACAAAUAUCAUUGUCAAGUGAAAUAACUCCAAAUAAUACCUUCAAAUCCGCUUCAGAUUUGCCUAUUUCUUAGACUGUGGGUAAAUAUUUCAAAAAUAAACACAAUGACCUAUACCAGUUUACUUGACCAAAUGUGAAAGAUAAUAUGUUGAUUUGCAAC